CCUGUGAAUGAAUGAGUAACACUUUGGAAAUUAUUCUCAUAAAUUUGAAGGCUCUUCUCAUCUUCACGCCUCAUAACCUACUGUAAAGGGUAAAGUACACCUGUUGCAAGUCUGCUUCUUCAUUCACUUCUGGACACUGUAAUGUAAAGGGAAAGCCAAUCAUUUAAGCGGACCUUUGCUGUUUUACAAUUUCAAACUGCUGAUCAGGUUUUACUGAAACACUUGGAGCUUUAUUCAGAUAUCCUAGACAACUUCUUUUUAAGCUUUAGUCUAUUAGUGAAUUUCUGAAGAGGAAUACUCGUAAGCCAUGGAGGAAGCCCUCAACAGCACCAUUGAUCCGGCUUGCUUACAAGGGCCCCCACUGGCAAUCGAUGUGAUAAAGCAGCUAGAUGCAUUUGGACUCUGUCUGUACGGUGUGCUCACCAUCAUGUCCUGCAUGUCCCUGAUGGUGUACCUGGAGCAAUGCCUCUAUAUUUAUAAAAACCUGCCCUACCCCAAGAAGACAACCAUCAUUUGGAUAACUGGUGCAGCACCAGUGAUUGCGAUCAUGUCUUGCUUUGGGAUGUGGAUCCCAAAGGCAGUGAUGAUCACAGACAUGACAUCUAACUGUUAUUUUGCAGUGGUGGUGUAUAAGGUCUUGGUUCUGAUGAUUGAGGAGUUCGGGGGCAGCAGUGUUUUUCUGAAGCAGUUCACUGGUAAAACCUUUAGGAUCAACACAGGACCCUGCUGCUGCUGCUGCCCCUGUUUACCUCGUGUGCCCAUGUCACGGCGAAUGUUUUUCUUGCUGAAGUUGGGUGCUCUUCAGUAUGCAAUCCUAAAGACAGCGCUCUCUGUCCUCUCUGUAAUAUUGUGGACAAACGGCAACUUCAGCCUUUCGGAUCUACAGAUCACCGGCACAGCUAUUUGGAUUAACCCAUUUAUAGGCAUUCUCACUAUCAUCUCCCUUUGGCCUGUUGCCAUCAUCUUCAUGAACACCAACAGCUUUCUGCGCAGCCUCAAUAUUAUACCCAAGUACGCCAUGUAUCAGCUAGUACUUGUACUGAGUCAGCUGCAGACAUCAAUCAUUAACAUCUUGGCUUUAAAUGGAACCAUCGCCUGUGCUCCUCCCUUUUCUUCUCAAGCUCGUGGAUCCAUGCUGAGUCAGCAGAUGAUGAUCAUGGAGAUGUUUAUCAUUACUCUGGUCAAUCGGUUUUUGUUCCGUCGUACAUAUGACACACUUCCCUCUGAGGAACAUGACAACGACCAGAACAGCAAAGUUGCCCUGCAGGAUGUUGUCGUGGAGCAUGAUAUCUGAAUAAGAAGACAAUGAAAGCCUCGAAGUCAGCGCAUAGUCAGACUUAUUUCAUUUGUUAUAACUGUUGACCUCCUUCCAUCGCUCACUCAAUGUAGUUUUCUUUCUCUGUUUUGGAUCAAAUUACUCCCUGGGUGA